AUGAGCGCAAUGCUCUGCGGCAUCCCUGGUACAGCUGGGUACCUAGACAACAUCAUCCUCGUGGGUAGUUCCCCUGCCGAGCUGCAAGACCGAUGGUGCGCAGUGAUCGAACGUGUGCAGGAAUAUGGCUUCCACCUGCGGGCCGACAAGUACCAAUGCUUCGUCGACUCCAUCAAGUACCUCGGAUUCGAUUUAGACAUUACCGGUCGCCAUCCAGAUCCUGAAAACAUUCGGGCCAUCCAACGGAUGCCUGCACCCAUGAAUGUAUCACAACUUCGUUCGUUCCUUGGCCUGAUCAGGUACUAUAGCGCCCUCCUACCAUCGCUGCAUGACGUACGGGCAACGCUCAGCCGUCUGUUGCAGAGGGAUGCUGCCUGGUGCUGGUCCCCCGAAUGUGAAAAGGCCUUCGCCCAGCUAAAUUCGAUGCUGAGUUCAGAUCUGCUGCUCACGCACUACGACCCGACGCUGCCGAUCGUUGUUGCUGCAGAUGCUUCCAACUACGGAGUUAGUGCCGUCAUCUCACAUACUUUUCCUGAUGGGUCUGAAAAGCCGAUCAUGCAUGCAUCUCGCAUGCUAACCCCUGCAGAGAAGAACUAAAGGCAAAUAAAGAAAGAGGCUCUAGCCCUCGUGUUUGCCGUCAAGAAAUUCCACAAACUGUUGUAAGAUCGCCACUUCACGUUGUUGACGGAUCACAAACCAUUGCUGUCAAUCUUCCGUUCGAAGAAGGGCAUUUCCGUCUACUCAGCCAGCCGACUUCAGCGAUGGGCAGCCAUCCUUCUUGGCAACGAUUUGGGCAUUCGCUACUGUCGUACUACAAACUUUGGUCGGGUUGACGUCCUUUCUCGCCUCAUCAGCAAUCAGCAGGAACCUGAGGAAGAUACUGUGAUUAUCACUAUUUCGAUUGAGGACGAUGUGCGCUGUCAGCUAUUAGACGCCAUACGAGGUAUCCCUGUCACUGCCGCGAACAUCCGACGUGCUACUUAA